GCGGAUAACAUAUCGCGAUGCACCCCUGGAUUAGAAGGCGGAGGUGUGUUAUGAAUUACGCUUCAUAUGCCUGAAAUCGUCGUUAUUUAAAAUUACAAUGCUGGCGAUCAGGAAAUUUCGAUUUAUUCAUCACUUACUCUGUAAAAAUGCGGCGAGAUACAAUACUACGGAUCGCGGUGUCAGAGGGCUGUACGACAGGUCGGCUGAAAUUAGCAGAAGUAAUGAUGACAUGCCAAUAAGUAUGGAAAAUCCAUACAAGGAAGAACCGAAAGGCUGUAUACUCUGCAACGUUACGGUAGAUCACAAAAACGUACAGCUUUUGUCGCAGUUCGUGUCUCCGCAUACCGGGUGCAUUUAUGGCAGACACAUAACAGGUCUGUGUGGUAGGAAGCAGAGGGAGGUUUCUAAAGCCAUAAAGAAGGCCCACCAUAUGGGUUUCAUGUCUGUGACAUUAAAAGACCCAUCAUUCAUGAAGGACCCCAACAUCUGUCACAUCAAGCACAUGGAGUAGAUGGGAGACGCGUCCGGCCAGCGGCUGGCACUGAGCAGCGACAUUCAGACACAAUGGAUCCCUCACUGGUCAUAUGAACUUCAAUAAACAUUUUUCAUAUUGCCUAUGACAAAUA